AUGGAUUUUGCUGGCAAUUUUAAACAUAGUUGGGCUGGUCAAGGGAUUACAUUACUUGAAAUUUCUGUUAGAACACAUGACAAUAAUAUCUACUAUGAUUUGAGCGUCAUUGACGGUUUUAAUGUACUAAUGAAAGUUUAUGUACCAGACGGAACAUACAUCAAAGCACUCCACUCUCGAGCACCAGAUGCCUAUUUGUAUCCCACAGAUGAUAGUAAAAUACAUGGAACAUCGAAUGAUGGAAAAUUUGUUGUUGUAUUUGAACGGUGA